UCCAAGUUAGUACCAAUUGUAUCUUGUUUUAAUUUGGAAACUGUCUCACUUUUAUUGGGCUGACCACAGAUAGAUAAUGGAUGUCUUUAUUGAGUCCCUCUUUCCGUCUCUUCCCCAGCCCAUCCAGUGAGGGUGACAGUCAGAGAGACGAGUGUGCAGGUCCUGCGAGGAGACUCUGUUCUGCUGCCUUGCUCUUUCGUUACCAUGGCUACACUGUCCCGCCUCAAUAUCAUCUGGACCGUCACUCCGCUGUCCGAACCCAGCUCCCCUUCACAGGUGAUAGUGUAUGAUCAUGGUCAGGUGAUAGAGAGUCCUUCUUUGAUCGGCCGUGUCAGUUUUACAUCUGUUCCGCUGAGUGCUGACAUCGUCCUCGACUCAACGCGCUUGUCUGACGCCGGGACGUAUCGCUGUGUGGUGAAUAACCCUCCCGAACCCGGAGUGCCAGGAAUAGGGGAGCUGAGCCUAACUAUCCUCGCUCCCCCUUCCUCCCCUCUCUGUUUGUGGGAUGGCCUGGCAGACGAGGGGGGCAGCAUCUCUCUGUCCUGCUCAGUGGAAGAGGGGGUCCCAGUACCGGAGCUGCGCUGGGACAAACUGGAACCAGAUCAGAUCUCCCUACCUGUGAAGAAGGAGGGCUCUCUCAAAGGGACAGUCCGGAUUCUGAACAUUUCUGCACAGAAUUCAGGACUCUAUCGCUGCACUGUGUCCAAUCCUCUGGGAACAGAGGCCUGCUCUGUGGAUCUCUCAAUCUACAGCGCAAGCCAUGGUGCAUCUGGUAUUCUCCAGGCUGUCUCUCUCACUCUCUGCAUGGCUCUGGUUCUCCUGGCUCUUCUGGCUCUGGUCCUGUGGUUCCAUCGCUCGGGACAUCACAGGAAGUGGAGAGAAGAGGGGGAAGAAGAAGAGUGCUACAAUGAGAUGAGGUACACCUCCGAACUCCUGCGGAAAUCAUUUGUUUAGCUUUCUCUCACUCACUCACACACACGCACAGUAAGGAUAAAACAUUGUAAUACCAUACUGGGUAAAAAAACAAAAAAACAAAGCUGUAGAUAAGCAUUCACCAAAUACAGCAAUACAGACUGUCAAACAUAAAUCCAUAACAGGAGAUUUAUUAUGAGAAAGACAGGUAUUUGCUGCUGUUUUACUGAUAGACCAGUUGACACACAAGUAGACAGCUAGAUAAAAGUGACUGAGAUCCCUGGUCUAGAGUGUAAGCCUCUUAAUAAUCAAAGCAGAGUGCAGGUGACCGAUCAUAACUAGGACCUGGUCUCAAUUGUGAUGAUUUCUAAAUACAACUUGAUAUUUUAAUUAAAGUCUUCUUCUGGUUCAUGUUCUGUUUCAGUCAUCCCACCCUGGAGACUGUUAAAACUGACAGCUUUAAAACACCCCUUUGGUCUCAAUAGAGUGUAAUGGUGACAGUCUCAGAGUGCAACCAUUACCCUGGUUAGAACGUUCAGUAUAUUACUAAUGCCCCUUAAAAGCUAAAAACUGACCCCGUGGUUGAGAAUAGAGGUUUCUAUGUAAAGUGUUAAAAAGGGGAUUCAGUGCUUGUUCAGUGGAGUACAGAAACACUGCAAUUUGCAAUACAGUCUCUGUGUGCUUAUUUCUAAGUUAUAUCCAAUUAAAAUAUACUUUAUAAGGGACACUGGUUAUCGAUGUGUCCACUGAAAGAGGCUUCAUCUGCUGCUCCAGUAAGACUAAUAGAACUCAUCUUCAAUGCUCCUGUGCAUUAAACAGAAUAAUUAGAAAAAAUGUGCAGGACAUUAAUGGUAUAUAUUCUAUAUGAAAAUGUCCUUCACUUAAUCUUAGGCAUUUUUUAUAUUAAUAUCCAUUUCCCUCUCUCUAAACUUAAAGUCAAUAAAAUACCGAUUUUAAAAUGUCUUCAGUGAUGAUGUUAAUGAGUGAGACCCAAGCCAAGCUGUACAGUGUUGCAGGGGGACGCGCUAAUGGCUACAGUCAGGGGUACCAGUUGUACUUGGGGGAUAGAAAUGACUCUGAGGACUCUUUUGAGGCCACAGGGGUGCCUAAAACAUAUUUUAAAAGGUUACCAGGAUGUGAUGAUUGAAACAGAGAAGCCUACUGUUAUUCUACACAACAACAAGAACAAGAUAAUUCUAUUUUUUAAUACUAUGCUGUUAACCUAAUAAACCAGUGAUUCAAUUAAGUGGUUUUCACUGUAAUAACUAUUUAAACGAAGCGCUCAGACUGGGGGCGAUGCAAUUUGACCAAGGCGCUGAUUUGAUCAACCUACUGUACUGUACAGCUAUGGCCAAAAGUUUAACAUCACCUUAUAGAAUUAACUCAUUCUGCUUCAUAAAGUCGAAUGAAACCUGUUGAAUAACUUGAAUUACAUGCCGAUUUGCAGUUUUCCAUCUACUUAAAGAAAAACUGACUGUGUUUUUUGUAUAAAUGUUCUAUGGGGAUUAUUGUUGUAAGUAUGUUGAAGACUUCCCAUAUAAGUAUUUCCAUUUUAGUAAUAAUUGUAUUUAGCGUUAGUCAUUUGAAAUUGAUUAUCUAUCACUAAAAUAAAUGUCAAUAUUUAAUUGUAAUGUGAAUGGUCCUGUCUGGUUUGAAAUGUCAAGUUUAACUGGCUGGUUUCAGUCCCGAUAGAAUUAAUCUUGGAUUGUCUUGCCUAAGGUAACAUCAGGCAGUGCCUGAUUAACGUUGAUCUGGGUCUGUGGAGCCAGUGGUAAAUCCCAUGACAGGAGACUUAGACGGUGCAUUGUAUCUACAUGAUUAUUAUUUAGCAAUAAAUAACAUGUUUUGCUUGAACACAAGACUGAAGUGUCGUUGAACAUUCGUUAGUGAAGGUUGCAAUAUAUAUUUUUAUUUUUUCAUGGUUUAUGGAUUUCAAAUGUGAGCCUAUGCAGUAAACCAUUAUACAGUGGCUCUCAAAAGUAUUCACCCCCUUGGACUUUUACAUAUUUUAUUGUGUUA